UGCAGCUGUUUCUGAGAGGAAAGUCAGAAGAAUUAAUAAACAAUGUGGGAACAGAUUCGCGGAGACAGUUCGUAGUACUUUAAAGUAUCGGGGACAGUUUCCCGCCUUCACCCGGAGUGUGUGAACUGUGGCACCGGAGCCGGUUGUACAGGAAACCGGUGAACGCCGGUAAACGGGGUCCGUGGCUGCACGUGGUAACGUUCGGGGGUUUUCUGUUUUUAAAUAGUUUUAAACGGACAAAGACAAACGAGCUCCGAUUGACUGACACGUUGAAAAUGUCCCGACACGGUAAGAAGAACGGGAUACCGGACAGAUGGCUGGAUUACAAGGCUGUGGGGAAGAGACUUCACGGGACACGAUUCAUCGCCUUCAAAGUUCCUCUGAACCAGUAUCUGAGCCGUCAGCUCCCGUGUUCGGACGUGUUCGGCCCCUGGGAGCUGCUGGACGCUUUGAGCAAAGAAGAACAAGAGCUGGGUUUGAUCAUUGACCUGACGUUCACCACACGCUACUACAAGCUGCAGGACCUUCCGGAGUCAUUGAUGUUUAUGAAGAUCUUCACGGCCGGUCGCGAGGUUCCCAGUGACGGCACCAUCCUGAGCUUCAAACGAGCCGUACGCAGGUUCCUGCGAGACAACGCAGACAAUGACAAGCUGAUCGGCGUCCACUGCACCCACGGCCUGAACCGCACCGGGUACCUGAUCUGCAGGUAUCUGAUAGACGUUGAUGGGAUGGAUCCUAAAGAGGCUGUGGAGCUGUUCAACUCGUCUCGGGGUCACGACAUGGAGAGACAGAACUACCUGGACGACCUGCAGUGUGGACCAAAGAGGAGUAACGAGGGGAUGGAGGAGUCGGAGGAGGAGCCGAGGAGAGGUCACGCUGAACGUCGGCCAUGUUACACCUCAGUGGACUGGGACAGCAGAGAGGAGAGACGACCUCACUUCAGUGACUCCUGGUACCACAGAUCUUCCAUCCCUCAACGAGAAAUCAACCCCCGCUCACAUCAUCGCCCCCCACACGACGGCCUUCUCCCCGAGCCGCAGUUCCUCCCUCCGCCUCCUUUCCACCCACCGAUGGGAGCGCCCCCUUACCACCCGUACCGAUGGACACCCCCUCAUCCCGACAGUCAGUGGAGGAGACCCCCCCGCCCAGAGGAGAGCAGGUCCAGAUACGACCCCCAUGAGUCGAGGUGGAGUCCGGCCCCCGGCCCUCAGGAGGACAGAAGGAGAGGUCCCCCUCCCCCCCCCCGCUACGCCUCACGCUGGACCAACGAGUCCUACGACAGACCUGAGGAGGAGUGGGGGGGUCCCAGAGUCAGACACCGUCACUACAGACACACAAACGGGUUCGACCACUACUAGUCUGAUCCACAUGAACUGCCUCUGUUUACAGCUGCUUCUCUCCUGAACAUCUGUUUCAACAUCUGUUUCAACCUCCAGGUCACUCACAGAUGUUUCCUGCUGAGAGGACAGGCCCGCUCACACCUGUUCACACCUGUUCACACCUGUUCACACCUGUUCACACCUGCUCACACCUGCUCACACCUGCUCACACCUGUUCACACCUGUUCACACCUGCUCACACCUGCUCACACCUGCUCACACCUGCAUUAACAUGUUCUUCAGGAGGGGAUGCCGCAAUGUUUUUUUUUGCCGCCGCCGAUACCGAUCAAUGUUUGUCAUAUCGUUGCAGAUGUCGUACGUUCUAUCGUCUCAAACGCUUUGUAAAAGUUCCACGCGCUGACAUGUUUUGUUUUGGCGGCCUGUCGGUGGGAGGCGGAGCUACACUACGCCGCACACAGAGCUUCUCUCAGCCGCAGACACCAGAGUAGGAAACACAGCUGAUCAGUUUGCAGGUGAUCGGUGACUACAAGCAUUUAUUCCGAUCUACCCAUCAUGUAUAUUUAAUGAAAAUCGGUUGAUAAUGAUCAGCGGCCGAUCAAUCGAGGCGUCCCUAGAGUAGGCGGUCCUUCACAAUGUGGCCUCAUGUGGUCCAGACCUCUGAAUGUGGUCUGAGUGAUCGGAUCUCUAAUGUGUCCUCACUGCUUCUCUUAGAGCUGACCACUGGUGAUCAGAUCACCUGAGACAGAUGUUAAUACCAGGUGUGGACAGGUGUGGACAGAUGUGGACAGGUGUGGACAGGUCUAAACUCUGUCCUGAAACAAAUCUCUCAUGUUCACACUGAAGGAGGUUCUGUUGUAAUUCUUCCUCCUGUGAAGAGAAGUGAUGGAGGACAGAAUCCACAGUCCUGCUUCAGUGUGAAGGUGUCGGGGUCUCCUGAUCUUGUUCUCUUUAGGUGCACAGGUGCAGCGGUGCACAGGUGCACAGGUGGGAGGGGUCAGUUUUAUUCAGCGUGACUUGUUUGUAUUUUGGUGGAAAUGUGGUUCAGAUUUUUACACUGAACCUCGUGUUUUCUGUCACUUCACUGCUGUUCUGGUGAUUUUAUCAAUAAGAGCUAAAGAACAAAAUUCUUGAAUAAUGUCGCUUCAGUGUUUAAAAUGAAAAUAAUUUAUUACUCUCCAACCAGCAGAUGCUUUUAAAUUGGAAUUAGAAAAUAAUGUUUAUGGUGGAAGUGAAGCAGCAGGACACCUGUUGAUGAAUCUGCAGCCUCUGAUUUGGUGCCUUCACUGACCUCAGGUCAGUCGAAUGUUGAUCAGUCAGUCGAGAAUAAAUGUCGACGUGUUUGAUGAAGGUUUUAUUUUUGUUUUUUAAUUUAUGUGUGAACUUUAUUUUUCCACUUUUUUUUCCCAGUGUUUACUCUUCACCUGCCAUUAAGGCUGAAACGCACAAUUACCUUCAUUAUCGCUUAUUUUAUUAUUUUAUUGUUUUAUUAUUUUAUUUUUUUAUUUUUUUAUUAUUUUAUUAUUACAAAUGGUAGAAAACAUUAAACAUGAGCAGCACAGUUCACCAGAGCCUGAAGUAACGUCUUCAUGUCUCUGUUUCUUUCUCUUAUAAAGUCUCAGCAAAUAUUCACAUCAGGAAGCUGAACAUCGUGUGGAAUUUUAGCUUUUAAAUGAACCUUUAACUGAUCAUUCUGCCAAUCAACUAAUCGAUUAGUCGACCAGUCGUUUCAACUCUACAGACAAACCAGCCAGAGCUGAAACGAUCAGUCGAUUAAUCAUUAGUCAAUCUGUAGAAAAGUGAAUUGAGUGUAUUGAUGAUCGGUUGUUGUCAGGUGACGUCUCUUCACUGAAGACCUCUGUCAGAGAGGAAUAAAAAAUGUCAGUGUGAAAUAAAAACUUUGUUAAGAAUUUUGAAAAGGGAAAUUUUAAAAUAAAAUUUUACCUAACAAAAUAUUAUUGCAAUAUUGUUAUUAUUUUAAUUAUUAUUAUUAUUAUUAUAUAAAUUAAUGAUGGAAUAACAUUUGAAAAUAAUGGGUUGAGUUUGUUUCACAUAUUUUUCACUAUUUAUUGUUUAUCUCAAUAUCUUUAAUUAUUUAAUAUCAAACAAUUUGCACAUGAGAAGGUAGACAAAUUAUAUUGAUAACAAAAUUAACCAAUAAAAAAAGAAAUCUAGAUAAUAAAGAAAUAAACAUCACAUGUUUGAAUUAGUCCCGAAGCAUACUGAAAGUCCACAGUUAUUUAUUUAUUUAUUUAUUUAUUUAUUUUAUAUAUUGAUAGUUUAAUAUUUUUAUUAAUUAAAUUAAAUUAAUUAAUUACUACAUUCAGUAAUGAAUGGUUCAACAUUUUGGUGAGUUUUAGAAAUUGUGGACUUAUGAAUAUGAAAUUCAUUUAAAUACAUAUCUUUUCAGUCCAUCGCUGGCUUUUAUUUUCAUAAAAUAAAAUCAAAUUUAAUAUGGCAAAAUGUUCCUGUAAUUUUUACUCUUGUAAAGUGACAGAACAUAACUAAAUGUUUAAUUGUGUAUUCUUGAUGUACAGAUCUUGAUAUCAUUAAUAUAUAUAUUAUGAAUAA